AUGGGUUCCAUGCCAGCAUCUUCAGAUGAGAUCAGCUUCUCAGACUACCUCGGCCUCAACGCCGCUUUGUUCGAGUGGGCAGACAGCUACGACUCCAAGGACUGGAAGCGGCUAAGCAAAUGCAUUGCCCCCACUCUGCGUAUCGACUACCGCUCAUUCCUGGACAAGCUCUGGCCGGCGAUGCCAGCGGAGGAGUUCAUCGCCAUGAUCUCGGACAAGGCGGUGCUGGGCAACCCGCUGCUGCGCACGCAGCACUUUGUGGGCGGCUCGCGGUGGGAGAAGGUGUCGGACACCGAGGUCGUCGGCCACCACCAGCUGCGCGUGCCGCACCAGGUCUACACCGACGCUACCCUGUCCGAGGUCAAGGUCAAGGGCCACGCCCACAGCUACAACAUGCACUGGUACCGCAAGGUCGACGGCGUCUGGAAGUUUGCCGGCCUCAACCCGGACAUCCGCUGGAGCGAGUACGAGUUCGACAAGGUCUUUGCCGCUGGCAGGGAGAACUUUGGCGACGAGGAGGCGGCGAAGGCUGGUGAGGUGGAGAAGGGUGCUGCGAGUGAGGAGGUCAGGGAGCUGCAGGCUGCUGUCUCUGUGUAA